AUGAACACGUCCUUCGUCCUGAGCCCAUCCAGGGUGUUCUCAUACGAGAAUGGUCCAGUCCCAGGUCUUCCAACUCCCAGGCACAUUCGCGUGAGGAUUGUGGCUACCGGUCUUUGUGGUUCUGACGUACAUUACUGGCGGCAUGGGCAUAUCGGCAACUAUGUGGUCGAGAACCCGAUCACUCUUGGCCAUGAGUCUGCCGGUAUCGUCGAUGCUUGUGGAUCAGCCGUCACAGGGUUGUCGGCUUUUGGCGCUGCGAAAGUUGUGGUCAUUGACGCAGUGGCCCCCAGGCUGAGCUUUGCGACCGACUUCGGUGCCGACGACGUAUACAUGAUGGAAGCUGGGUUUCCAGAAACGAAUGCCCAGAAGGUUUUGGAGAAGGCUGGGCUGGCUACAGGGUUUGAUGUUGUGAUUGAUGCAACAGGAGCAGAGCCAUGCAUCAACUGUGGUGUAGCUGCAUUGAAACGCGGUGGAGUCUUCAUUCAAGCUGGGCUGGGCUCUCCCAAGAUCGCAUUUCCAAUCGGCCAGAUUUGCGACAAAGAAGCUACGCUCAAAGGAAGCUUUCGAUACGGGCCAGGAGACUACAAGCUUGCCAUCCAGCUACUAGAGUCCAAUCGUGUUCAACUAGAUAGUCUUAUUACUCAUGAGUUCGCGUUCUCAGAUGCGGAACAGGCUUUUCAGAAUGUUGCGGAUAGAGUCGGCAUCAAGUCGCUCAUAUAUGGACCAGGAAUCGAUAGGGCGUUCGCAGAGGGUCGCACCGAGCAGCAUAGGGGUGUGUCCGAUCUCCCGAGGCUCUAG